AUGUCUAAUGCUCUGCAAGUGAACGUUUCAGCUCAAUCGGAAGUUUCUGAAAAUUCCACCUUCUCCCGGGACGCCAAAUGGUUGCGAGAUACCUUCGAAGAAGGUCAGCGCUUACAGCAGGUCCUCCUCAAAGCCCCGGAUAUCCUAAACCCUCACAUUUUCGAUAAGGCACUCUACAUCCUAGAGCAGAUCAACUUAAUUAGUGUACCGCAUACGGAUCAGCUCGGACCGCACAACAUAACGUGGGCCGACGUGUGCCUCCGGGUGCCGGAAAUGGGCAAAUUCGUCCAAACCGCGAUAGCCCAAACGGACGUCAACGGCUACACAGGGAGCGCAAACGCUUCGAAUGAUGAUAGUGGUGACGGUCCUGAUAAUAGCAACAGCGAGUUUCUGGAUGGCCUCAUUUGCUCCUUCAUGACGGUGAUACCGCGUGGCUGUCUCAUUUCCAGCCCAAUGAAUCUUUGGUCCAACGAUGCCGGCGAAAUUCGUACCCUUUCCCGGGAGCAGAUUUUGGCCGCGAUCAACGACGAGCAAAGCGUGGACAUUUUGAGGAAAAGUGGAGUUCACCUGGUAGAUUUGGAAAAAAAUAGAAACACAAUCGGCACCGAAGAUUGGGUGACGGAAAGUGUCUAUUUGUGGGAACAGGGAUUUCUGGAUCGAAUGAAAGAGUUGUGCGAACAGAUGGGGACCGAAAGUUUUGAAAUUUUUUACAGCUCCUCGAGAAGUUUCGAGGAUAUCAUUCUGGAAACAAUGCAUGAAGGCGUUGGCGGUGCACCAUUCGUGUGUUUUAUGGUGUUCACUUACAUGGUACUGGUUUUGUCUCGGUUUAGUUGGGUAGAAUUCAGAAUCAUUCUCAAUGUCGUGGCGGUGAUGAUGAUUCUGAUGGCGAUGGCAAUUUCAACGGGAAUUUUCUGUGCCUUUGGAGGCCGGCUGAAUGCCAUUCACCCAACGCUACCUUUUCUGGUGCUCGGUUUGAGUAUCGAUGAUCUCUUCGUAAUGCUAAGAAGCUUGCGGAAAGUCAAACAAAAUGCUAGCGGAGAUUUGAAGCUAUCACAGCAGAUCGGUCUGAUGUUACAGCACUCGGGAGCAGCCAUCACAGUAACUUCUUUGACCGAUAUUGCUGCACUGGCUGUGGGAUUUCUGUCGCCCUUUCCAGGUCUUCGGUCGUUCUGUAUCCUGGGGGCAAUCAGCGUGAUAGCGACCUAUUUUCUUGCGCUAACCUUGUUCGUUGCCGCACUAACUCUUGACGAGCGCCGCAUUUCGGCUGCCCGAAAUGGAUUCUUCCCGUGGAUUGUGCACGACCAAUCGAAAACUAAACUGUGCUGCGAUCCUCGGCUGAUGGAAAGAUCCAUGAAGUGGUUGUUCGAGAAUGUGGUCCUCACAACGGCCGGGAAAGUUGUAAUACUUGGCUCAACUUUAGCUUUGACCGCUUGGAAUGGCUGGGCCGUAACAGGUAUUGAGGCGAAGUCGGAUCCCCGUUGGCUGUUACCGAAUGACGGUUAUCUGGCAUUGUAUUUGGGAGAAUUCGAAGAGGCAUUUCCUCUAGCUGGCACCGAAACUUCUUUGUAUUUUGGGGAAAUAAACUUAGAGGAUGAUUUCGAUGCUUUAGUUACUUUGUGCGGGAAAUUGGAGAACGCAACCGACUACGUACAGCGUGUGAAGGCUUGGCCCAAGGAGUUCAAAAGCUAUGUCACAAAAAAGCAACGAGCUACAUCCUUAGAUUUCGAGCUGAAGUUGCAGAACAGUACGAAGGAUUAUCUGAGGGCAAAGCAAGCAAUAGAAAAGCUUCUCGCCGAAACACCUCUAACCGAUAAUGAGACCUUCCGAACGGCAUGGUCCGAAAAGUUCAUCUCUCUGAACAUCGCCCAGACCAUAGGGGAUGACACAUUCCGCAACAUCGGCCUAACACUUUCGGCAGUGCUCUUGUGCGCUUUUGCAGUGCUGAGAAAUGUGCAGCUUUGCUUCUGGAUAUUCGUUUGCGUGUUCAUAACACUGGUGAACGUCGGCGGCAUCAUGAGCAUGCUGGAAGUGACAUUGAACAUAACUUCGGUGCUAGUCAUUCAGAUAGCCAUUGGGUUUAGUAUAGACUACGCUUCGCACGUGGCUCACACGUUCCAGAUUACGGUCGAUCCUGCGGGUUGCUCCCGGCAGCAAAGAAUUCUUAGCUCGGUGGCCCACAUUGGACCGGCUGUGAUGUACGGCGCAUUGACAACUCUGCUGUCCCUAGCGAUGACGGGCUUUUCUGACGUUUAUGAGUAUCAACAGUUCGCCUGGGUGUUCCUGCUGCUCGUAACAAUCGGACUGUUUGCUGGGCUGGUAAUGCUUCCUGUUAUUCUAAGUCUGGUAGGACCAGAGCCAAAGAGUUCACCAAGCGAUAAGCGUCGUGAAGGCGGGGGUGAAGACGGAGUGACUACGGCGGAACAGAAGCGGCGUGGUAUUUGGAAUCGUGCUUAUCAGCUUGAAUAG